AUGGAUACUGACCCACAGUACUUCGGUGCGAACACACUCCUUUCUUCACACAAUCUUUUUUGUUUGUUAGUUUCUUUUAUGGCUGCCCACUCAAGCGUCUCUGUAAAACUCUCGAUCACCCUCUCUUUCUCUCUCUCUCGAUCACCCUCUCUCUCUUUCUCUCUCUCUCGAUCACCCUCUCUCUCUUUCUCUCUCUCUCGAUCACCCUCUCUCUCUUUCUCUCUCUCUCGAUCACCCUCUCUCUCUUUCUCUCUCUCUCGAUCACCCUCUCUCUCUUUCUCUCUCUCUCGAUCCUCUCUCUCUUUUCUCUCUCUCGAUCAACCUCUCUCUCUUUCUCUCUCUCUGUCUCUCUCUCUUUCUCUCUCUCUCUGUCUCUCUCUCCUCCUCCCUCUCUCUCUCCUCCUCCCUCUCUCUCUCCUCCUCCCUCUCUCUCUCCUCCUCCCUCUCUCUCUCCUCCUCCCUCUCUCUCCUCCUCCCUCUCUCUCCUCCUCCCCCUCUCUGUCUCCUCCUCCCUCUCUGUCUCCUCCUCCCUCUCUGUCUCCUCCUCCCUCUCUGUCUCUCUCUCUCCUCCUCCCUCUCUCUCUCUCUCUCUCUCUCUCUCUCUCAAAACUCUCAUCUGCCCGCUUGAAAUCGAGCAAGAAGACUUCUCUUUCCUUCGACUCCUUCCAAGUCGUCGAGUGCCACUCUCCCUGA